AUGCACAAGGACAAUCACACCACAGUGACAGAAUUCAUUCUACUUGGAUUUCACAAUCUUCACAACUUUCAGAUUGUAAUAUUCCUGCUUCUCACUAUAAUGUUUACAGCUACUAUAGCUGCAAAUGUCCUAAUCAUUGCAAUAGUAACAGCCAAUCAUCAAUUCCAGUCACCUAUGUAUAUCUUUCUCAGCCACCUCUCCCUCUCUGAUAUAAUUAUAAGUGCUAACAUUGCUCCAAAAGCUCUACAAGUUAUACUACUAGGUAAAAGUACUAUACCUCUUGGAGACUGCAUUACACAGCUGUAUUUCUUUGGUGCUUCAGCAAUUUUAGAAUGUUGUCUUCUUUCAGUAAUGUCUUAUGAUAGGUACUUGGCCAUUUGUAAACCAUUACAUUAUACAACAAUUAUGAACAUUAUACUUCUUCGUUAUCUAAUAGUUUGGUGCUGGUUGGCUGGUUUUAUAUUCACUUGGAUAAUUCAGAUAUUUAUAAUUCGAUUAAAUUUUUGUGGCCCCAAUAUUAUCGACCACUUCUUCUGUGACCUUGUUCCUCUUCUUGAGCUGUCCUGUUCUGACACAUCAAUUGUACAAAUUGAAGCAUCCAUUACAGCCAUGGUCAUCAGUCUCUUCCAACUUUUCUUUGUCAUGGCAACUUACAUAUGCAUCUUCAAUUCCAUCCUUAAGACCUCAACUACUAGGAGACAAAAAGCUUUCUCUACUUGUAGUUCUCAUUUAGCUGUUGUUUGUACAUAUUAUGGGACUAUAGUUAUUAUCUAUGUAUCUCCUUCAAAAGGGCACUCACUGAAUUUUAAUAAGGCUUUAUCCUUUUUAAACACUGCAGUGACUCCAUUGUUUAAUCCUAUUGUGUAUACCCUUAGGAACAAAGAGAUUAGAGAAACCAUAAUAAAUGUUCUAAGGAGUAAAAUUACUGCUAUAUAA